CGAGGCCUCACUACGAACUGAUAAGAUAGCGAAAUUCAAUGAUAUCUCGCGCUACAGAAACUGAUAUCACGUACCUGUUGAAUCAUUUCCUACUGAGAAGUUACCAAAGAGUGGAUGAAAACUCUGCUCCUCUCCUCUGUGGAUGGGCAUUUUGUGAGAAAAAAAGCAUUGAGAGGGUGAAAGUUUACUUGCAUUGAUGCAGAAGUGAAUUAGGUGCUGCAUAGGUGUUGCUUUUGUGUGGAAAAAGUAGUGAAAAGUGGUGGAAAGUGGGUAGGAAAAAGAAGAAAAUUACAAUCAGUCACGCCCUGAAACUGUGAUAAGGCUUUGUGAAAAAUUAGGGCGUUUUCUCUGCAGGAGUUUUUAUGUGAAAAGGACGUUAUAAGUUUGAAAAUGAGGAUACACAGUGCUACCUUCCUAGUCAUUUUGCUAGCUGUAUCAGCCUUUGGUGCUGAGAGCAACAAUACAACUGCAGAGACAACCAAGGAAACCACAAAGGAACCAACCAAAGAGUCAGAGAAAGAGCCCCCAAAGGAUUCCAGCGUUAUCUGCUCAUCAUGCAUUUGCGAUGAUAAAGCAAAGCUCCUUGAUUGCAGUGAACGCAGCUUCCGCGAUAUGUUGAAUGAGGAUGAUUGGAAGCCAUUAAAUAAGAGCUUCACCCUUCGUACUGUUCACUUCACACGAAAUGACCUGACAAAGAUUCCCGCCUUCCCUGAACUCCCAAUUGAGGAGCUUGAUCUCAGUCACAAUGAGAUCUCAACGAUUGAGAAGAAAGCCUUCAAGGAACUCCGAAGUCUCAUUUAUCUCGAUCUCUCCCACAAUCGCUUGGAUUCAAAUGCCAUCCAUCCGGAUGUCUUUGAGGGACACUACGACCCAGAUGAGUAUGAACCCCUCAACAAGUUGAGAACUCUCAAGCUUAACGACAAUAACAUCCACACACUGAGGUCGGAAAAUUUUGAGCAUUUGCCACACCUGAGAGAACUCAGCUUAGCGGGAAAUCCCUUCCAGGUGAUUGAUUCUUCGUCUGAAAUGGCAAUAACGAGUGUUCGUUAUUUGGAAGUUCUGGACCUGAGUAGGAUGGAAAUCUCCAAAAUUCCUACGCAUCUCUUCCAUUCUCCGCGAGGACUUAAAACGCUCAAUUUAACGGAUAAUUUGAUGACUGAAAUCCCCGAUGCUCUACUCUUUGCUAAGAAUCUGGAAACUCUCUAUUUGGACAAUAAUUUAAUGACUCGUCUUGGAACGAAUCAUUCAAAAUUCGCCAUAAUGCCAACAAUAAAGUUCCUCAGCGUCUCGUACAUGCCUGUACUUGAGCGCAUUGAGCACGGAGCUUUUAGUGGAUUGACAGGACUGAAAACCCUUCAAAUGAGUAUGAAUCCUAAAUUGAGCUUCAUUCAUGCUGAUGCUCUGAGUAUGAAGGGAUCAGAGGAUCCUUCACGAGAGGAAUGGCCAGAUUUGACGCAUCUCUAUCUGCACAAUAACAACCUAACAACGCUGGAUAUGAUGACAUUGGCAAAUUGGGAGCACCUAGAAGUCCUUGAUAUUCGCAACAAUCCUUGGCUCUGCGAUUGCAGCAAUCAAUGGAUGAUUGAUCGACUCCUGGGAAAACUUCACGGAGACACUGAACGUCUCCUUGAGGAUGUUGUGUGUGAGCAUCCAAGUGAAAUGCGUGGUACAAAGAUGGUUGACCUGGAGAAUCAACAGCUACGAUGCGUGGACAAGUAUGGGAAUCAUCCUGAACAGGAUGGAGUUAUCCUCAUGGGAAUGCUAAUUGGUAUUCUCUUGGCUAUACCAAUUUCCCUCAUGAUUAUCUUGGUUUACCGACGUGGAUGCUUCGGUUUGCUUGGACCCCGUGGACCAGCUGACUAUUCCCGUGCAUUCUACAAAAGGGCCAGUCAGGAUGAUAUGUACUUCUAGAGAGAAGAUUUUUCGUGACAUGGUGGACGAGACAUCACCCUUCGAGAGCAUCUUAUACUUGGCAUCUCUAUAUAAAACAUUUCAGACACAUCUUUUUUGUAUUCCAAAUGCUUUUUUGGGAGUAAUAAUUUCGUUUUUCUUCACUAAAAAAUGCUCUAAAAUUCAAUUUGGAAUUUUAGGUUAUGUAUGAACAAAAUGGCGGAAGCUUUGUGACUAAAUAUUAAGGCAAAUGCAAUUAUUAUUCUCAAAAGAGCAUUCCAUUUGAGAUAAAUAAAUAUUUUAAAGUAGGAUA